AUGGCCACGCCGGACGCCGUCGCGGCCUUCAGGCGCAUCACCGGAGCACCGGAGUUCGUCGCCGUCCAGAAAUUAGAGGAAUAUGGGGGGAAUCUAAAUGAAGCUAUUAAUUCCCAUUUUCUUGAAGGCGAUAGGCACAUAUUAUCAGGUCAAGGGGUAAAUAUUGCUGCUGCCCCACAAUAUAAUAGCAUUAAUCAACACCGUGGCGGUGGAUCAAAUGGAAUUAUGUCUUUUCUCAGUGCUGCUAGAAGAUUUCGACCUUCACUUUUAGUUGACUCAAAUUAUAGGAGAGAACUUAGUGAUCUAUAUCAGGGGAUUGGUGGUGCUAUUGAAUAUACGAAUCGCCCUCCACCUCUUACUUCCCAUCCCGGAGAGGUGAGGGAAGUUCCUGCAUGGAUCAAUAGUGUAUUUGAGCCGCAUUAUCAAUCAGGAUUGAGCACUACAGGUGAAGAUUUAUCGUCUCAUGGUUUAGGAAUUCGUGGAGCAGAUGGUUAUCAGAACCAAUACCCUUUAGCUCAGUCAAACGCCUCCCACGUUCCUAAUACUGAAAUAGAGGAAGCAAUGCUUCAGGCAGCUAUAGAGGCCUCGAAAAUAGAGAGCAGAGGAGGUUCUUCACGGGAGCGAAUUGAUGUUCUCAAUCAUUCAUCUGAUGGUGGGCUUCCUCAAUCUCUUGUUCAACAAGAAGAUGAUGAUUUGGCCCGUGCAAUUGCGUCAUCCUUAGAGACAGCAGAGCAUGAGAACGCCACACGUGAGCUUCUAGUAGAAGAGGAAACGGAAGGGCGGCUUGGAGUUCAUGAUUUAUUAGACGAGGGAAAGAAAACCGACAGUUGCGGAAACAAAUUAGAGUGGGGUGGUAUUUCUUCAGAAGAGAUUAAUGAAGCAUUGGUAGUUGAAACUGCACUUUUUGGUGAAAUUUCCAAUCACAGAUCUCAAAAUUUUUCGUCUUUGCCUAAUCUGCAACAUCAUCCAAAACAAAAUAUGGAUCCCAAGACGCAGUGCAUAUCCACUUCUAUGUCACAAUCAUUAAUUGACUCUCGGUUGCUAAAACAACAACAGGAUGCUGACUAUCUAGCAUCACUACGAGCUGAUAAACUAAAGGAAUUGGAUUCUCUCAAUAAAACUGAAAGCCAUUCCAAACAAGAAGAGCCAAGCAAAAAGAUGAUUGAAAAAAAGGAAUUGGUGGAAACACUUGACAAGAAAGAACUUAAGCUUUCUAAGGAACCAGAAUUGUCUGAUGAAGUAAUUACUAUUGUUGUUCGAAUGCCAGAUGGGGGUCGCCAUGAACGCCGCUUUCUCAAAACUGACAAACUAGAGCUUCUUUUUUAUUUCAUAGACAUAUGUGGAUCACAGAAGCCUGGAACCUAUAGAUUUGUGAAGUCAUACCCGCGUCGUGCUUACAGUAUUAACGAUAGCUCGUCAACCUUCAAUGAAGUGGGCCUAGGCAAAAAUAAUGAAGCUUUGUUUCUGGAGUUGAUUUAG